AUGGCUGGAUUAUGGCAGCACCUCUGCUCCCUGCAGCUGACUCUUCUACAAAUCUUCUUUUGUCUCCUUCAGCCAACAUCAGGUGUUGGUCCUGGGAAUGCUGGAGCCAAGGUGGUGAAGGGCCACUUCUCCCGGACUUUCCUCCGCGUUGGAUACCACAAGAUCACAGAAAUCCCGGCAGGAGCCUACAACAUCAGCAUCCGAGAGACCAAAAAGAGUCGCAACUACCUGGCUCUACAGACUCCAAGAGGCGCUGCUAUCAUCAAUGGCAAUUGGGUGAUUGACAGGCCUGGGAUCUUCAACGCUGUGGGAACAAAGUUCACGUACCAACGACCCAAUGAAGUCCGCUCUCGCACUGGAGAGUCCAUCACAGCACCCGGACCACUGACUGACGACCUGCAUGUUUAUUUGAUCUACCAGCAGCCAUCUCCCAGUGCAUCCUAUGAGUAUGUCGUACUCAUACACACCACCCCAGAACCUCUGACAACCACCACCGUAGCAACAUCUGUCUCGGCGAGCCCACCUCACCCCAGCAAAAAGGUGCAGGAAGCCGGCUACCAGGUAGCGACCAAUGAUAUCAUCACGGAGAAGCCUCACCAAAACCUGGUUCCCUCAAAGCCCAGUCUAAAGCCUCAUCUCCUGCCUGUCUACACCUGGACUAAGAGUGGCCAUAUGGAGUGCAGCACCACAUGUGGUACCGGCAGGCGGAAGAUGCUUUGGGAGUGUAUUGACAAGAAUCUCCAAAUGAGCGUUCCUGCUCACUUUUGUGAUCCAGCCCUUGAACCAGCAAACCAGGAAGAAGACUGCAACAUUCAAGCAUGUCCUGCAUACUGGGAUGAAGGGGAGUGGUCAGAGUGCAGUAAGAAGUGCGGGCCCGGUACUCAGCAUCGCCAGGUCAUCUGUCGCCAGGUCACACAUGUUCACACAAACGGGACGGAGACCUCAGUGACGGUGGCAUCGCAACUGUGUGACUCAACUGAUGAACCAGUCACUAAAUCUUCCUGUCAGCUUAAGAUUUGCAGCCAGUGGGAGAUACGAUCUGAGUGGAGCACGUGUUCAGUGCCAUGUGGAGUGGGCCAGAAGAGCAGGAAGGUGGUGUGUGUGAGCAACCAGGGGGAAAUCGAACCAGACGAGGAGUGCAACAUGAACCUAAAGCCAGACUCACUAUACAAUUGCGACAUGGGGACCUGUGCACGCAGCUGGUUCGCCUCACUGUGGAGCCAACGGUGUUCUGCAGAAUGCGGUCAAGGCAACCGAACCAGGACCGCGGUGUGCCUGAUGAACCAUGUGUCUCACCUCCCGCUGGACAGCUGUGAUGGCAAGCGUCCACAGGAAGUGACUUCAUGUAACUCUGGUCCGUGCCAACACCGCUUGGAGUGGUACACCGGACCCUGGGGUCAGUGUUCCGCAGAGUGCGGAAAUGGCACUCAGACACGGAGUGUGGCUUGUAUCCUGCAAAACAAAGGUCGCAUGGAGGUGGUGGACAACAUGAAAUGUUCAAGUGUCUCGCAGCCAGUCAGAGCUCGGCAAUGCAUGCUGGAGCCGUGCGGUGUGCGGUGGUAUGUGACAGAGUGGAGCGCGUGUUCCCGCUCCUGCAACGGAGGCUAUCGUGUGCGUGAGGUGCGUUGCCUUACAGACAGCAUCUCACCAAGCACCCAGUGUGACCCCACAUCGACUCCCGAUAAUCGAGAAGAAUGCAACACACAACCUUGCACAGCUCAGAUAAAGCCAUCCUGCAGUGACCAGUACCCCAACUGCAUGGUGGUGGUUCAAGCCCGCCUCUGCAUUUAUUCAUACUACAAAAGUGUCUGCUGCACCUCGUGUAGCCGAGCCCAGAACACUUAUCCAAAUUCCUUUCAAAAGAAUUACAUUCGCAGGUGA